GCUGCGUCCCCUGUCGGAUCCUCUCUCCUAGGCAUCCCCCCCGACCAGCAGCGGCUGAUCUUUGCUGGGAAGCAGCUGGAGGAUGGCCGCACCCUUUCCGACUACAACAUCCAGAAAGAGUCAACUUUGCACUUGGUGCUGCGUUUGCGUGGAGGCAUCAUCGAGCCUUCCCUCCGCCAGCUCGCGCAGAAAUACAACUGCGACAAAAUGAUCUGCCGCAAGUGCUACGCCCGCCUGCACCCGCGCGCUGUGAACUGCCGUAAGAAGAAGUGCGGCCACACCAACAACCUGCGCCCCAAGAAGAAGGUCAAGUAGAGGGAGCAGCCUCUGCUCUGCCCGUUUCUGCCACGUGUCAUUCAGCUAAAGCAUUGGAGCACUCCGGAGGGUCGGUUGUAACGGAGCGUCAGUCCUGCAGGAGCCUUGGGCUCUUUUAAAUAAAGCUGUGUUGAGUGCUCA